AUGUUGGUCAACUAUGCUAUUGCAUUAUUGCUUUAUUUCCAGUUGGGUUUUGCUUUACUUAUUCCCCAUGUUCUCAAACCACGUAUUUUUUCAUUACGUUCAACAAAACAACGAUUACAAGCAACCAUUAACCCAUUAGUCCCCACUAGAAAGUAUCAAAAGGAUUUCUCGAUUCAUUCCAUUUUGGAUGGGAAUAGAGAUGAUGACAACAGUGGAGACGAUGGUGCUAUUUACACCAACAGAUCGGGCCUCGAUAAUGACAAUUUUGUUAUAAUUCCCAAGGAGUUGAUCAACCCCACCAUGUUUUCAACAUUAGGUUUGAAUAAGUUGUUUAAUCUCACUGAUAAUCUAGAUAAAGGACAUAAUAAAUGGAUGAAUUUUAGUCUACAAGAUCAAAUUUUCAUUCCUCAUGAGUUCAAAACUUAUUUCAUCUUUAAUACCAGUUUGGUAAAGCAGAGUUUGGGAUUAGAUAUGAUCCACAAGUUUCAACAGCAACAACAACAACAACAACAACAACUUGAUCAAAAUGCCCAUUAUAGCUCCAAUACAUUGCAUAAAUUCUUACUGCGUGUCGUUCCAUUUGAUAUGCCUGAACUUGUCGAAUUGGUUGAUUAUUACAUGGUGUUACCGAAUUUGCCCCAAUUGCAUAAUUUAACCUCGUCAAUCUAUCAUGAAGGGUUGUUGGGUUAUCCCAUGGAUAAAUUACCGGUGUUUCGGACACGUUUGAGUGAGAAUAAACCAUUGAUUGUAUUUAUGUUUAAUGAAACUGAUGCUACGCAAAUUGAUGAAUUUUCAUCAUCAUCAUUGUCAAUGCAACUGGAUUCAACAGGGACGAAAAAGGCAAAGCAUAUCAUGUCGAUUAAAAAUUAUUUGAAAUCGCCAACUACAUUUUCAACUUUUUUCGACACGUUUGCCAAGAAUUGGAUCCAUCAAGUUGAUUAUGAUUCAUUGAUCCAUUCAGUGUUUUGUAAUGUCAAUAAUCAUGAUGAGGAUCAUAGCUUUUGCUUGAGGGUGCGUCAACAAAUGGUUGAUAUUGUCCCUGCAUUUCAGAAAUUUAUCGCCAAAUCUGAUCCCAAUGUUGUCGUUGCUGCUGCUGCUGCAAAUGAACCUGUGCUGGAUACUGCAGCAUCAUUGUUGAAACAUGAUGAUGGACCUAUUUGGGAAGAUGUUAAAGUCGAGAGUCAAGCAGUUAAACAAGUUCAUGAUAAAUUACAAGCCAAGAAACAUGCCUUAACAAUGGCAGGAACUGCAGGAGUCAAUCUAAUUAGAUACCCCAAGGACACAUUGCACAAAUUGGAUGAUUUUAUCGAUGAGAAAAUAGACAAUCGAUUGAAUAAGAUCGAUGAUAAAAAGGAUUCGCUUUUAGAUUCUAUUGAUGAUAAAAAGUAUUCAUUUUUAGGCUCUAUUGAUGACAAACGCGAUUCAGUAUUGGAUUCAAUAGUUGAAAAGAAAUCAGCCAUUAUUGGCGAUGGUAUUUGUAGUAGUGGUGGUUACUACAUGGACGACCAUGGUAAAUUUAAAUCGGCAAUUGAUGAUAAACGACAUCAAAUUACUGAUUUGAUUCAACGUAAAUCACAAGAUUUACAAAUGUGGAAAUUCAAACCACAAUUGUUUGAGAAAAAGACCAACAACAAGGGAAAACUGAAACUGAGACUAACUCAACAUGACCAUCCUGCUUUGUAUUCUGAUUAUUCGGAUGGUGAUGAAGACGGUGAUCGAUACGGCUACAAGACUGAUGGCGAUGAUGAGGAAGAAAGAGAAUAUAUACACAAGAGAAAUUUUGUUAUUGAUGAUGCUUCUUUACUGGCCGGUGUUGGUGAUUAUGUCGAAGAAGGCGGGUUCUCGUUACCUUUAUCAUUGCUCAACUAUCAAGGAUCAUCCACUUACCACAACAACAAUGCAAACUACUUGAACGAUAUUGAUGGUAUUGACGAAGAUGUUGAUGAUAAUGGAUCUCCAAGAAAGACGACUUAUAGCCAAGUAAUGAAUUUAGACACCUUAAACUUGAAAAAGAAACGAGCAAUAUCCGACAAUGAUGGCGAUGAAAAUAUUAUUGAUCAAUGUCAACCAAUUACAUGGUACAACAUAUUCCACCGGAGUAUAUUUGGUGAGCCCAAUUUUUGCAACGACCAAUAA